AUGAAUGAUACAUUAGUUGGCUACGCAGCACAAAAAAAUAUUGUUUUAAGUCUAUCGUCGAUAUUAAUAGAUUUUGAAAAAGCUGCCAUUAAUGCAAUUAAUGAUGUAUUUCCACAAACAUUACUUAAGGGUUGUCAUUUUCACUACGCUCAAAAUGUAUGGAAUAGAGUUAAAAAAUAUGGUUUGGUAAAAUCAGCAAAACAAGAAAAUAUUCGUCGCCAGAUAGCUAAUAUUAUAAGUUUACCAUUAGUACCAAAAGACCAAAUUAAUGAUUGUAUCGAAGUAAUAAUUGAUGAAUUAUGUAAUGCUGAUUAA